AUGCAACAUGAGCACGUUGUCGGCAUCGUCACUGGCGCCGCUCAAGGCCUUGGCCUCGCCUUCUCCAAGUCGAUCCUCGAGGGUGGCGGCCGCGUCUUCCUCACCGACAUCAACCACACGGUGCUCGUCGAUGCGGCGCGGGCGCUCACGGCCCAGUUCUCAGCGGCGCGCGUGGGCUACGCCAUGCAGGACGUCACGGACGACACGUCGUUUGAUGCGAUCUUUGACGCUGCCAACAAGCACUUUGGCGACCAUCGCGUUAACCUGCUCGUGAACAACGCAGGUCUCAACGGCAAGUACUUUGACUUCUACGACGACAGCGCCGCGUGGCGCAAGCUCGUCGACGUCAACCUCAUCGCGGUCAUGCGCGGCACCCAGGUGGCGCUGCGUCGCCUCGCCAAGCCCGGCGUCAUUGUCAACGUUGCCAGCGCCGCUGCGUUCAAGCCCACGCACGUCGUCCCCGAAUACGGCACGACCAAGUGUGCCGUCGUUCACUUCACGCGCGCGGUUGCCAAGCACGCAAGCGACGUUCGCCUCGUCUCGCUCUGCCCCGCCUUUGUCGAUACGCCCAUGGUGCAAGUCGUUUUGCAGAACUCCGCGCGGAUGAUCGAGGCCUUUGGCGGCCUCAUGACCACCGAGUACGCAGCCGACGCCUUCAAGAAAGUCCUUCUCGACGAGACGAACGCGGGCAAAGCGAUGUUGGUGACAACGCAGCACGUCGGGUACCAUCCCGCCAAGCUUUAAGUUCUAAUUCAUCCAAAAACCAAGAAGAGUA